AACACAGAUCGCUGAUACAUGCAAAUAAUAUACUUCUAUCACGAGACGAAAAAGGCUCGGCGGGGUUUAGCGUCUGCUCCUUGGCCGUGCUAUCGGGUGCAGAAUGGCAAGAUUCGACAAGACCUUUGCCAGAAUCUCUGCACCAAAUAGAAGAAUGGUAACCCAGUGGGAAUGUUGCGGGAUUUCGAUGCGCCGCAAAGAGAAAAUGGGACGAUGUGCUACGGGAUUUCGAUGCGCCGCAAAGAGAAAAUGGGACGAGUGCCGCGGGAUUUCGAUGCGCCGCAAGAGAAAAUAGGACUUCACUUGCCGGAUGUGACGAUACUCACGAUCGUACACGGGCGAAGUGUUAUCGUGGCCUGCUAGUGUUCCACCUGUGUGGCGUUCUAGCCGAUUCGAACCGGUGGGACGAGAGAUAACGAGUUCUUCCAUUCCCUGAGCAUAAGUUACGUGGACCAUAUGCGCAUACUAACUGCAUUUGAUUACUGUGUGUCGUAGGUAUCUGGCUGGGUGUGCACACGUAUAAAGGAACGCUUCUCAGGGUAGCAAGAACUGGCUCUUUGUCCUCGCGAUCGUCGACCAACCAUGUCGACUCACUCCGUCGAGGAGAAAUACGACGUCCCCGAUACUGAGAAGCAAAGGGACGAUGUCGCGCAGGUCCUUAUUGCCGAGUUCGAUGACCCGAACCUUGACUUAAAUGCUGAGCUUCUGGAGGACGACUCUCCCUACCCGGAGGUCCGUUCCGCCGUCGCCAACACGGACAACCCCGACAUGCCCUGCGGCACCUUCAGGGCUUGGUUCAUCGGUUUACUCUGGGCCAUCCUCAUCCCAGGUCUUAAUCAGUUCUUCUUCUUCCGUUUUCCCUCGGUCACGAUCAGCGGCGUCGUCGCCCAACUGAUUUCACUCCCCGUCGUCCGUCUUUGGGCACGCGUCGUCCCCAGGGUCAAAGUCUUUGGUGUCUCUCUCAACCCGGGACCAUUUACCGUUAAGGAGCAUGUCCUGAUCACCAUUAUGGCUAGCGUCGGUUCUGGAUCUGCAUAUGCUACGGAUAUCAUUGCUGUGCAGCGCGUGUACUACAACCAGGUCAACAACUUCUCCUAUCAGUGGCUGCUGGUCAUGUCGACUCAGCUCAUCGGCUUCUCCGUCAGCGGCAUUGCUCGUCGCUUCCUGGUGAACCCACCAUCGAUGAUCUGGCCCGCGAACCUGGUCACCUGCGCGUUAUUUAACACCCUGCACUCCCAGAAAUACGCCGGAAUGGGUACGCGUGGUGGUAUCUCGCGCGAGAGGUUCUUCUUCUACAGCUUCCUCGCGUCCUUCUGCUGGUACUUCAUGCCCGGAUACCUCUUUGCGGCACUCUCGUUCACAAACUGGGUCUGCUGGAUUGUCCCAAAUCACAUUGUCGUCAACCAGCUCUUCGGCACCGUCUCAGGCCUCGGCAUGUCAAUCCUCACCUUCGACUGGUCCCAGAUCGCGUACAUUGGUUCUCCUCUCGCGACACCAUGGUGGGCAGAGGCGAACGUCGCAUUCGGCAUGGUCUUCUUCUUUUGGAUCAUCUGUCCAUCACUGUACUAUACCAAUACUUGGAGCUCGAAGUAUAUGCCUAUCUCGUCUACUCACGCGUUCGACAACACUGGCGCGUCAUACGACGUCACUCGCAUUAUCAGCAACGAUACCGAAUUCGACGAGGAGAAGUAUAGAAACUACUCGCCCUUGUUCCUCUCCACGACGUUCGCUCUGUCUUACGGUCUGUCCUUUGCGUCUAUCACUGCAACGCUGACGCACACUUUCCUUUACUACCGCAAGCAAAUCUGGACCCAAGCCCGCCGUUCAAUCAGCGAGCAACCUGACAUCCACGCCCGCCUCAUGUCCAAGUACCCGCAGGUGCCCGAGUGGUGGUAUGUCAUUAUCUUCUUAUCGAUGUUUGUUUUUGGUGUCAUCUGCAUCGAAGUCUGGUCGACGCAGAUGCCGGUGUGGGCCUUCGUGUUGGCUCUGAUAAUCUCCUUCGCCUAUGUCAUCCCCAUCGGAAUGAUUCAGGCAAUUACGAACCAGUCAGUUGGCCUGAACGUCAUCACGGAACUCAUCAUCGGGUAUGCGUUACCCGGCAGGCCCAUCGCGAUGAUGAUGUUCAAGACAUGGGGCUACAUCACCAUGGCGCAGGCGCUGACGUUCGCGAGUGACUUCAAGCUCGGGCAUUACAUGAAGGUCCCGCCGCGCCCGAUGUUCUGGUGCCAGCUCCUAGCGACCGUCGUCGCCGGCACCGUGCAGCUCGGUGUUCAGGCGUGGAUGUUCACGAAUAUUUCGGACAUGUGCUCCCAGACCCAAGAUCAUGGUUUCACAUGCCCCUCGACCGAGGUCUUUGGCACCGCGUCCAUCAUCUGGGGAGUCAUUGGUCCCGCACGCCAGUUCUCGCAUGGCCAGAUCUACUACGGCCUAGUGUUCUUCUUCCUUGCUGGAUUCCUCGCGCCCCUCAUCACAUGGCUGGUUCAGAAACGCUUCGGGCAAAACACCAUUCUCAAAUACAUCAACUGGCCGGUCAUCUUUAGCGGCACAGGCCUCAUCCCACCCGCGACGCCGUCUAACUACGUCACCUGGUCUGUUGUCGGCUUCAUCUUCAACUACAUCAUCCGUCGCCGCCAUUUCUCCUGGUGGACUAAGUACAACUACGUUCUGUCCGCGGCCCUCGACUCUGGUGUCGCCGUCUCUGUAGUCAUUAUUUUCUUCUGCCUGCAAUUCCCGCAGAAUGGUACUAUCGGCGCCAGCACAGUUCAGGGCUGGUGGGGCAACACCGUGUCCUUCAACACCGCAGAUGGCAACAAACUCCCGCUCCUGCAGGUUCCUGUCGGCCAGUUCUUUGGCCCUCGCACCUGGGCCUAAGGCUCUCACGAUGCGUACGAUUUCUGAUGAUUUGUUCAUAGUUUCUGUUGUAACGGUGUAUUGUAUGGACUGUAUGACAUGAUUACAUUGACUGUACAUGUAGACUUGUGCUCAACGUGCGAAUAUACCUUUUGCAUGCGGC